AUGGGUCCGCAACAGGAACCGGGGAAGUAUCCGAGGGGUCCGGCGGCGAGGAAGAGGGUGGUGAGGUACGCGGAGUGCAGAAAGAACCAUGCCGCUAGCAUCGGCGGCCACGCCGUGGACGGCUGCCGUGAGUUCAUGCCCGCGGGGGAGGAGGGGACGGCCGCCGCCCUCCAGUGCGCCGCCUGCAACUGCCACCGGAGCUUCCACCGCAGAGAGGUGGUGGACCACUUCCUCCGCGACCGCUCAUCCGAGUCUGCCACCCUGAGAUGA